AAUCCACGGCCAACCCCCUACCCCGAGCCUGAGCCCGCGCCCCGCCCGAGCCCGGCCCGAGCCCGUCUGGAGCCCGGCCCGAGCUCAGCCCGAGCUCAGCCCCAACCCGAGCUCAGACCGAGCCCAGCCCCGGCCCAGCCCCGGCUCAGCCCCAGCUCAGUCCCAGCCCCAUCCCAGCCCCGUCCCAGCCCCAUCCCCAUCCCACCCAGCACCCACCCACCCCGCCGCAGCCAUGGAGGAGGACCCCGAGACCGCGGAGAGUGCGCCGCCGCCCGAGCUGCACACCGUGCUCCCCCACAUCGGGUUCGUGCGCUCCCGCAAGGGGAAGCUGCUGCUCGCCGAGUCGGUGCUGUCAUUUAUCAUCUUUGUCUGCUAUAUUUCAUCUCUAUCAUCUUCUUUCAUGAUGGCACCACUCCUAGAGUUUCUGGUGGCACUGUUUCUUUUUUUUGCCUACGCCUCCCAGCUAAAUGAGAAGUUUAAAGGAGUCUACUGGCCUUUGGCGGAUUUCUUGCGCUGUGUCACUGCUGCCAUUAUUUACUUCGCCAUUUCCAUUGCUGCUGUCGCAAAAUACAACGAUGCAGCAUCGAAAGCAGGAGGGGUGUUUGGGUUUGUGGCCACCAUCGUGUUUGCCAUUGAUUGCUACAUAACCUUCAAUGAGCUGAUGACAUUUCUCAAGCACAGCAGCCCUGCAACCCCGGAAAGGCCCAAGACAGAAGAUGAGGACUCUGACUCUGACGCAAACUGAGGAACCAAACACCAACCAAGUGUGAAGGGAAGAUGAUGGAGCACUUUCCUCUUUGCUGAAUGCACUGCCAGUUGAAAUAUCCCCUCGUUUCAGCCUCCUUCCACCUCACUGUUUAUGGAAUCACCAGAGCACAGACAGGGCAGUGAUGUGGAAAAGGAGACUAUUCCAGUGCCAUUAAACACUCUGCAGAACUACAGAUGCUACAGUAGUUCCUGUCCAAACAACACAGCUCAGUUCUCUGCUGUGCCUCCCCACUCAGCACAGCUGUGUCCUGAGUAAAUGGGAGCAGCAUUUUUGACAUUUAUACAGAGCUUUUAAUGUGCUUUAAUUCCAAAUCUUUAAUWCUUAGAGCUUUUAUUCUUCUUGACAUGCCAAAGAGAGGUUUGUAUGCCUCUACUUGUAUUUUUCUUGAUAACUAACAGUAUUUCUUUAUCUGAACUCUGAAUACCACACUCCCGAGCACUGAAGGCAUGGAUUACAGUCAACAGGUUGGUUUCAAUGCUUUUAUCUCUCCUGCCUAUCUGUGACAAGGAAAAGUGACAACUGGAAAUCURCAGCAAGGGCAAACCUCAGAGUAUAGUGGUGCUGCAGGGCAGCUGGCUCAUCAAACAUCCAGUAUCCCUGGUUUUCAGCUGCUUUCAGGUCUGGAGUCACAUCCCAUUUGCUGCARUUCCAGCACAGGAUGGUGGAACAGGUGAGGCAGCUCUGGGCAGUCCCUGCGUGUGUUUGCACAGCCAGGGAAGGCAGCAGGAGCUGCCUGGGGAAGCUGCAGUGUUUGUGUGCCAGGCACCUCUGCCUCAUGCCCUGCUGAGGCCACUGGGGCUGGAUUUGGGCCACUGGCAACUGGCCCUGCCACACUGCAGGUGCCCAGGCUCCUGGAGGGCAGUGCAUCCUCCCCACUGUGAAAGAGCAACCCCCAAAUGCAAUGAAUUCAUCUCCACAGCCCCCUUUUUUCAGUGGGUGUGGGGUGGGUUGGGGUGGUUUACCCCCCUGAAAGGAUGUGAUUUAUCCUGGGGUGGUGAAUUCCAGAGGAAGAACCUUCUGAAUGUACAAGCUGUUCUCACAAGUAGCACAACCUACCCUGAAAUACCCAUGUCCAUUUACAAACCCUUGGGAAUGCUUGAGAAGAGCGUGGCAUCCUCCUUACAGAUGGCAUCAGACAGGUCUGUGGUAAAAAAAAGCCUAUGUAGAUUCUUUAAAAAUGAAUACAGUACCAGAAGAGGUGUAAUUAAAAUGAGAGCAGAUGGUCCUGACRGAGCAAGUGACAAGCAGGGAUGAAAUGAUCAAAGCAGAUUUCCUUUGGAAUAGAAUCAGCACCUGGAUUCCAGUUCCCAGCUGGCAGCAGCACAGGGAGCAGGUUCUGCCAAGGUGCUGCUCAGGCUCCCCCAGGCAGCUCCUCCAUCUCCUGCUUCCUGCCCACUGACAGAAUGAAAGCUUCUAAAUGUGACCAAUAAUCCUUGAAUUGUGAGGACCUCUCUGGAUCUUUUCCUGUACAAAAUCCUGCGUUUAUUUCCCUUCUGUUGUCAUAUUUUACUGGCAUACACUGUGAUGUUCAGGGGACUUGGGCUAAUUUUUAUACUCGUUUUGUAUUUCUCUUUUUUUUAAGUAAAAUUUGUACUGCAUGUCUAUAUUUAGAAACCAUGCUGGAUUAAACCUCUUUUAAUAGGA